AGAGAGAGAGAGCCGCCGCAGCAAAGAUGCAGAUAUUCGUGAAAACCCUAACGGGGAAGACCAUCACUCUCGAGGUGGAGAGCAGCGACACCAUCGACAAUGUCAAGGCCAAGAUCCAAGACAAGGAAGGCAUCCCUCCUGAUCAGCAGCGUCUCAUCUUCGCCGGAAAGCAGCUCGAGGACGGCCGCACCUUGGCCGACUACAACAUCCAGAAAGAGUCGACUCUUCAUUUGGUGCUGAGGCUUCGCGGAGGGAUCAUUGAACCUUCAUUGAUGGCUUUGGCUCGCAAGUACAAUCAGGAGAAGAUGAUUUGCAGAAAAUGUUAUGCUCGUCUCCACCCAAGGGCAGUCAACUGUAGGAAGAAGAAGUGUGGCCACAGCAACCAGUUGAGGCCAAAGAAGAAGAUCAAGUAAACAAUUCAAAGGUCUAGGCUUGAGUCUGAGGUUAUAUUUUGGUUGAACUUUAUUUUUGGUUAUAUCAGAAUGUGCUUGUUCCUAAUAUUGGAAUCAUUGUAGUUUAUACCUAAUGGAUUUUGGAUGCAUGUUGAUGUUUG